GACGUAUAAUCUAGUGGACGGAACGAGUCUUCAACAAUAACAAGAACAGUUAGCCAGCUAGCCACCUCGGUAGCUUACUAGCCAACAUAGCCGAAAUAUUGGAGCUUUUUAGAAGCUUUCGACGUAUAUAUAAGCCACUGUGUUUUAAACACCUUUUUGUUGUUGUCAUCUAGCUGUUUUAAUUUAAUGUAAUAUUUACGUUGUUAGACAUCUAGCUAGCUGGUUAACUUAACAAUAGGACUAGGCUAACGCUAGCUAGCCUAGCUAGCUAACAUCCCCCGAACAUAAACUCACUAAGCUACUCCCCCAGCUGCUAAAGAAGAGGUCAGCUUGGACGGAGAAAGAGGAGAAGGGAAGAGAAAGAGGAGAAGGGAAGAGAAAGAGGAGACGGGAAGAGAAAGAGGAGAAGGGAAGAGAAAGACGCUUUCAGAGUGAAAGAGGAGGAGGAUGUUGACUACCGUGAAAGAAGACGAAGAUGCAGGUUUUUGCAUAAAGGAAGAGGAUGAUUUGACUGUCACAGUGAAAGAGGAGGGAGACGUUUUUGUAAUGAAGGAGGAGGAAGGGGAGAUGACUGUCACAGUGAAAGAGGAAGACGUUUUUAUAAUGAAGGAGGAGGAAGGGGACAUGACUGUCACAGUGAAAGAAGAGGAAGACAUUUUUAUAGAGAAGGAUGAAGAGGGGGAGAUUACUGUCACAUUGGAGGAGGAUGAAGAAGCACAGAAGACUGGAGAUCUGAUUAACACCAGUAAAUACAGAGAGAGACCAGCCUCUCACUCUGACAGACGGAAGAGUCCUUCAGUGGAACCAGACCCAGAGACGCCCAAACCAGCGAGACAACACCACUGCUUCCAGUGUAAUAUGAGUUUUAAGUGGUCAUGGAAGCUGAAAGAGCAUAAAAGGACACACAUAGGAGAAAAGCCCUUCCAAUGCUCCCAGUGUGGAAAGAGUUUUACUUUGUUAGGGAGCCUGAAAAAACAUAAGAGAAUACACACAGGAGAAAAGCCUUAUCACUGCUCCCAAUGUGGAAAUAGUUUUAUGUGGUUAGGGAGCCUGAACAAACAUAAGCGAAUACACUCUGGAGAGAAGCCUUACGCUUGUUCCCAUUGUGGAAAGAAUUUUCGAUUGUUAGAUACUCUGAAGGAGCAUGAGAGGACACACACAGGGGAGAAACCUUACCAUUGCUCCGAGUGUGGAAAUAGUUUUACCCAGUUAGGAAACCUAAACAAACACAAGAAAAUACACUCUGGAGAGAAACCGUACCCCUGUUCCCAUUGUGGAAAGAAUUUUAGGUUGUUAGAUAAUCUGAAAGAGCAUGAGAGGACACACACAGGGGAGAAACCUUACCAAUGCUCCCAGUGUGGAAAGGAUUUUACCCAGUUAGGGAACCUAAAAAAGCAUGAGAUAAUACACUCUAGAGAUAAGCCUUACCACUGCUCCCAUUGUGAAAAGAGAUUUACCCAGUUAGGGAGCCUGAACAAACAUAAGAGAAUACACUCUGGAGAGAAACCGUACCCCUGUUCCCAUUGUGGAAAGAAUUUUAGGUUGUUAGAUAAUCUGAAAGAGCACGAGAGGACACACACAGGGGAAAAACCUUACCAUUGCGCCCAGUGUGGAAAGGAUUUUACCAAGUUAGGGAACCUAAAAGAGCAUGAGAGAAUACACUCUGGAGAGACACCUUAUCACUGCUCCCAUUGUGGAAAGAGUUUUAUCCAGUUAGGAAACCUGAACAAACAUAAGAGAAUACACUCUGGAGAGAAGCCUUACCCCUGUUCCCAGUGUGGAAAGAGUUUUACCCAGUUAGGGAACUUAAACAAACAUAAGAGAAUACACUCUGCAGAGAAGCCUUAACAUUGUUCCAAGUUAGGGAACUUGAAAAGGCAUGAGAACAUAAACACACAGUUUGGAAAGCGUUUUAGUUAGGGAAGCUAAUUUUGGAAAGACAUUUUCCCCGCACAGAGGACCUGAAAUCACAUGAGAGAAUAGACAGGCUGUGUUCUGACUUGUGUUUUUUUGUUUGUUUGUUGAUGCCACAUUAAAUCAUAUUGUUUAUAUAAAAUCUCCCCCCCCAAAAAAUAGGCCUCUACUUUAGUUUUUUCCUUUUGAGACAUGAUUACAAUUACAAUAAAGUUACAUUUUAAAAAUGUGUAUUUUAUUUUGAUUAUGGAUUUGAAUCGAUUGAAUAGAAAUUUAAAACACAUAGAUUUUAAUGAUGUUGGAAAAGUUGUUAAAAUUGUAAUUAUUAAAUGGAUCGGCAUAAACAACCAUUUUAAAAUGUAAAAACAGGUUCUCUGGCAGAAAAUGCGUAUCAGCUAAUUUACAAUCAGGGAUUUACUUUGCUUUGCUCAAUUAAAGCGGUUAACCCUAUGCUUGUGUUGGUUGCUAGAGCAGUAAGCUGCUUGUGUUUUCCUGCUUGGCAGAGAUCUCAGGAAAAAGUAAGCAAAAUGUGAACCCACAAACCCAAAUCACAUAAGAAGUACAUGGCGUGUCUCACAAUCGAUUUUGUCCGUCACAAAUUUAGUAUGUUCGCUGUGACAAACUUUAUUAUUUUCGUAGAUUUGUGUUAUUCCACUAAGUUGUAUCUAGCGCUGCAGUGAGUGGAGUGGGGGGGGACGAACGGACGAACGGACCUCUGUGAUGUAGCUCUCUCUAAGUGAGAGAGGUGGACACUUUGACGGAGUCCAACAUUGUGUUCGAGGGGUUUAGGAACUUUUAGAAAUGCGCCAAUAUUCUUCCCCCUUCAAGACUGUUGAUUCGAGUCCUCCUGACUCGAGAUACACUUCUGUAAAGAACUGCAAUACUGCAGGAUGAUAAUGAGACUGCAAUGCUGCCAUCUGUAGUAUGAUAAUGAGACUGCAAUACUGCCAUCUGUAGUAUGAUAAUGAGACUGCAAUACUGCCAUCUGUAGGAUGAUAAUGAGACUGCAAUACUGCCAUCUGUAGUAUGAUAAUGAGACUGCAAUACUGCAGGAUGAUAAUGAGACUGCAAUACUGCCAUCUGUAGUAUGAUAAUGAGACCGCAAUACUGCCAUCUGUAGGAUAAUAAUGAGACUGCAAUACUGCCAUCUGUAGGAUGAUAAUGAGACCGCAAUACUGCCAUCUGUAGGAUAAUAAUGAGACUGCAAUACUGCCAUCUGUAGGAUGAUAAUGAGACUGCAAUACUGCCAUCUGUAGGAUGAUAAUGAGACUGCAAUACUGCCAUCUGUAGUAUGAUAAUGAGACUGCAAUACUGCAGGAUGAUAAUGAGACUGCAAUACUGCCAUCUGUAGGAUGAUAAUGAGACUGCAAUACUGCCAUCUGUAGUAUGAUAAUGAGACCGCAAUACUGCCAUCUGUAGGAUAAUAAUGAGACUGCAAUACUGCCAUCUGUAGGAUGAUAAUGAGACCGCAAUACUGCCAUCUGUAGGAUAAUAAUGAGACUGCAAUACUGCCAUCUGUAGGAUGAUAAUGAGACGGCAGUAUUGCAAUCUGUAGGAUGAUAAUGAGACCGCAAUACUGCCAUCUGUAGGAUGAUAAUGAGACUGCAAUACUGCCAUCUGUAGGAUGAUAAUGAGACCGCAAUACUGCCAUCUGUAGGAUGAUAAUGAGACUGCAAUGCUGCCAUCUGUAGGAUGAUAAGGAGGGUUAAACCUUGUAAACAUACCAUAUUCUUUCCACAAUAUGGUCAUUAGGCAAUAUCAACGUUGUCGGUCCUACAUUUAGGUGUCCCUGUAAUAUAGUCUAUACAUUAUGGUCAUUAGUCAAUAGCACUGUGUUUGUGUGCAAGGCUGAAGAAAGAGAUAUUUCCGUAUUCAAUUCAUUCUUCAGUAAAUUUAGGAUUUUAAUUUCCUGAUCAGCAUUUUGUACCGGAGAACCUGUUUUUUAAAAAAAUGGAAACGGUCUCUUAUGUUCGUAAGCAUGGACCCAAUGUGUAUUUCUUAAUUCUAAACCUCAUGAAUUUAGUAAAAAUGUUGGUUUCUUUGAAUUAAAUUUGUGCACUAAGGGGGGGACCUCUAUUCAGUCUGUAAUGUUGAAGUGUCACAGGUUCUGCUAUGAAAAAAUGUUAAAGGUAAUUUCGCAUUGAGCCGACACGUACAGGGUUAACCUUGAAUGCAGUGUCCGCUGAAGCCCAGGAACAUUCCCUUUAAAAUUUCAAUCACACUGUAAAGCUGAAUUUAGGCGUAGUGGAUUGAAUAGAGCCCCUAGUCUUCACGCUAAAGUUGUAUGAAAAUGUGAUGACGUUGUUCUGAUAACGAUGAUAAGUUGUUGACAAAAAAAACAUUUACUAGCUACUUCAUGAGUGUUUCCCAUCAGUAUUAUUAAAAUAUUUCCUAGCUACUUCAUGAAUGUUCCCCAUCGGUAUUAUUAAAACAUUUCCUAGCUACUUCAUGAGUGUUUCCCAUCAGUAUUAUUAAAAUAUUUCCUAGCUACUUCAUGAAUGUUCCUCAUCGGUAUUAUUAAAACAUUUCCUAGCUACUUCAUGAGUGUUUCCCAUCAGUAUUAUUAAAAUAUUUCCUAGCUACUUCAUGAAUGUUCCCAUCGGUAUUAUUAAAACAUUUCCUAGCUACUUCAUGAAUGUUCCCAUCGGUAUUAUUAAAACAUUUCCAAGCUACUUCAUGAAUGUUCCCCAUCGGUAUUAUUAAAACAUUUCCUAGCUACUUCAUGAAUGUUCCCAUCGGUAUUAUUAAAACAUUUCCUAGCUACUUCAUGAAUGUUCCCAUCGGUAUUAUUAAAACAUUUCCAAGCUACUUCAUGAAUGUUCCCCAUCGGUAUUAUUAAAACAUUUCCUAGCUACUUCAUGAGUGUUCCCCAUCAGUAUUAUUAAAACAUUUCCUAGCUACUUCAUGAGUGUUCCCCAUCAGUAUUAUUAAAACAUUUCCUAGCUACUUCAUGAGUGUUCCCCAUCAGUAUUAUUAAAACAUUUCCUAUCUACUUCAUGAAUGUUCCAUAUGUAUUAUUAAAACAUUUCCUAUCUACUUCAUGAAUGUUCCAUCUGUAUUAUUAAAACAUUUCCUAUCUACUUCAUGAAUGUUCCCAUCUGUAUUAUUAAAACAUUUCCUAGGUACUUCAUGAAUGUUCCAUCUGUAUUAUUAAAACAUUUCCUAGGUAUUUCAUGAAUGUUCCAUCGGUAUUAUUAAAACAUUUCCUAGCUAUUUCAUGAAUGUUCCCCAUCAGUAUUAUUAAAAUAUUUCCUAUCUACUUCA